AUGUCAACAAACAAGGUGUUGUUGGUUGGGCAUGUUUUACACUGGUGCAUCCUAGUACUCACGACCACCGUGCACACAUCCGGUAUAGGAGAGAGCGGGGGACACUCGCGAAAUGAAGGAGAAAAGAAGCUGAAACUACCCGGAGACAUCAUCUUCGGGGGGCUGUUCCCCAUGCACGAGAAAGGCCCUGUGGGGAAAAACUGUGGCAAAGUGAAAGAAGAAAAAGGCAUACAACGGAUGGAGGCAAUGCUGUACGCAGUCGAUAAAAUCAACAAUGAUGACAGUAUACUACCAAACAUAACCCUCGGCGUCCACAUCUUGGACACUUGUUCUAGGGACAGUUACGCCCUCGAGCAGUCCAUGGAUUUUAUACGGGCUCAGUUUAACAACUUCGACGAGGGGAAUUACCAGUGCAAAGACGGACGCCUUCGUAAGUACGUGAAGUCAAGGCCUGUUGCCGGAGUCAUUGGAGCGGCGUCCAGUUCCGUAUCUGUCAUGGUAGCCAAUAUUCUAAGAUUGUUCAAGAUUCCGCAGAUUAGUUAUGCGUCCACCAGCGAGGAACUCAGCGAUAAGUCUCGUUUCGAGUACUUCUCUCGGGUCGUGCCCCCGGAUACUUUUCAGGCCCAGGCCAUGGUUGACAUAGCAAAGGCCCUAGGAUGGACCUACAUAUCUACUGUGGCCGAUGAGGGCAAUUAUGGAGAGAAGGGAAUAGCUGAAUUUGAAGAGCUCGCCAAAAACGAAGGAUUAUGCAUAGCACAGUCGUUGAAAAUCCCAAGGGAUCCCAGUAAAGACUUGUUUGAGACUACAAUCACCGACCUCGCUAAGAAACCGAACGCUAAGGGCGUUGUUAUGUUUGUCAAUGAGGACAAUUGCAAAUCCCUUCUGAGAGCGACCAUAGAUUUGAAUAAAACUGGGGACUUUUACUGGUUGGCAAGCGACAGCUGGGGAGCAAAAAUUCACCCAGUGGAGGGCCAAGAAGAGGCGGCAGAGGGCGCUAUUACCAUCCUUCCUAAAAGGAAAGUACUAACAGAGUUUGACGAUUACUUCAAGCGCCUGAAUGCGUCUCAUAGCCAGUUGAACCCGUGGUUCGCCGAGUUCUGGGAGCAGCACUUUGAAUGCAGGCUCAACGAUUCCAAAACUGGGAAAAACUGUUCUGAAAAGCGACUGGGUGUAGAUGACCAUUAUGAACAGGAAGGCCUUGUCCAGUUCGUGGUGGACGCUGUCUACGCGCUGGCCUACGCCCUUCAGUCUCUCCACAACGACACGUGCUCUUCACCUGGGCUCUGUAAGGAAAUGAGACCGACAGAUGGAGCCACUGUGUUGUCCUAUAUAAGGAACGUGAGCUUUAACGGAUCAGCAGGAACGACUGUGCGUUUCAGUAAGUCUGGGGACGGACAGGGUCGUUAUAACAUCUUCCAAUAUCAGUUGACAAAUUCAGGGGAGCACCAAUAUAUACCCAUAGGAGAAUGGACAGACAGGUUAAAAUUAGACAUGAGCAAGACGCAUUGGCGCUAUGACAACGAUACAUUUUGGCUACCUCGAUCUGUGUGCAGCGAACCGUGUGGGAUCGGCCAGGCGAAGAAUGUGAAGGGGGAACCGUGUUGCUGGUUGUGCAUACCGUGCAGCGAGUAUGAGAUUCUCUACGACGAGUCCACGUGCAUUUCAUGCGCCAACGGCACAAUGCCAAAUCACAACAAGACAGCGUGUGAAGCGCUCCCUAUACAACACAUGUUGUGGAACAGUCCAUGGGCCAUUGUGCCGGCUGCGGUGGCAAGUUUUGGAAUUAUUAGCACGCUGUUCGUUAUUGUCACUUUUAUACGCUACAACGCCACGCCGGUGAUCAUGGCUUCCGGAAGAGAACUGUGCUACGUUCUCCUCUGCGGGCUCUUCAUGUGCUACGUCAUGACCUUCGUGCUCAUUUCAAAGCCGAGCGCCUUCAGCUGUGCACUAAUGCGACUAGGAAUAGGCCUGUCACUGUCCAUCUGCUUUUCGGCUUUAUUUACGAAAACGAAUCGGAUUUCGAGGAUUUUUAACCGCGGAGUGAAGGGACUCGCAAAGAGACCGAGCUAUACCAGUCCUAAAUCUCAAUUAGUGAUUUGCGGUUGCCUUAUAUCUGUACAACUCAUAGGGGCCUCGGUGUGGCUCAUACUAGACAUUCCCAAUACAACACGGGCCUACCCUAAUAGAGAGACAGUGAUUUUACGCUGUGAGGCCAGCGAAUUGGCUCUCGUCCUCUCCUUACUUUACAACAUGCUAUUGAUAACACUGUGUACUGUGUAUGCCUUUAAAACGAGGAAGAUUCCCGAGAACUUUAAUGAAGCCAAAUACAUAGCUUUUACCAUGUAUUCCACGUGUAUUGUUUGGUCAGCCUUUAUUCCUAUUUAUUUUGGGACUAAUCAGGAUUUCAAGAUACAGAUCACCACUCUUUGUAUGUGCCUGAGUAUUAGUGCCACUGCCGCUCUUGGUUGCCUUUUCGCCCCUAAGGUUUACAUCGUCCUCUUUCAACCACACAAGAACGUCAGGCAAACCAAUUCCACCAUGAUGAACAGUGCUUCGUCCAAAAGCAUCCGGCCUUUCUUUGGGAAAUCCGGUACGGUUGGGUCCUCUCUUGGCAACCACAAUGACGUCAGUGUUGGUGUAGCGCAAAAUUUCAAUAGCACGAAGUCAAACGACACGCGGUUAAGUGACAUUUCUCUUGAUUUGAAUUCAGACGUAUUUGAUGAGGCGGAACCGAAUUCAGAUCCACCUGAGUGAAAAACGGGGCUGUGAUUCUACACUAAGUGACACAAUGGCCAAUUUUAUCUUUAAUUUAUUUGUUUUUGUACCAAUGCAAUAUUUUCUAUAAUAUCUAGGGGUGAAAAGAUGCCAAUACAGACCGAGAAAUUUGUAUGCGCUCAAUAAAAUUGCACAAUUCACGACGUUAUUUAAUAUUUAACCGAUGUUUUCUGAGAUGAAAUACACCGUUGAUUGCACGCUCAUUUGUAAGGGUAUAUUCUCUUGGGUAUACAACUAAAUAAAAAUGAAAGGUUGUUGCCCAUGUAGAUUCAGCACAUACCUCACUAGAUGCAUGGGUUAAUACGACUCUUUACGUUAUUUAUAUGACGCUGUAUGCAUUAAAUUGUUUUUGUACCUGUAAUCACCUUUAUGUUCAUAUUUACACUUCGUGCGGCUGUGGUAG